GGUUAACGCCGUUGAAUGCCGCACGAUUUCGUAGAGCAAACUACGCGAAACGGAGGAAAUAUAAUAUUCGAUCGUUUGAAUUAAUUUUAUUGUUAUUAUUAUUAUUAUUGAGUGUUCAUCUGGCUGAAUAUCAUCGCAUUAGAAAAUUCUAGUCAGCUUGUCCAAUGCGCAGAAGCUGGGCUUGCGUAACGAUUGAGAAAUUAACAAUUCAGUCGCAGUCUGAGAAGAAACGUGCAAGAGAGUUGACGUGUUUUGCGAUACUUCAAGCGUAAUUUAAAAAAGCAAAAAAUAUGCCUCGACGAGGACGUGCAUCUGCUCCUGCAAGGACAGUUAGACCAGCCCGUGCAGCAGCUCCUGCCGCGGCAGCUCAUCCUCCAGCAAAUGUAGCCCCAUCGACGCCCAUGGUUGCCCAACCCCAACAGCCAUCCCUCAUGGGACAAAUGGCCGCUACUGCUGGAGGUGUAGCCAUUGGAUCUGCUGUUGGUCAUGCUAUCACUGGCAUGUUCAGUGGUGGUGGCUCCAGAGAGGCUGUUGAUGCUGCACCAGCACCAGCAGCAGCAAGUGCACCGGCUGCUUCUGCACCUGCUGGUGGUGCCUGUGCAUGGGAAGUAAAGCAGUUCCUAGAGUGUGCUCAAAAUCAGUCCGACCUCACUUUGUGUGAAGGAUUCAAUGAAGCUCUUCGCCAAUGCAAAUCCUCCCACAAUAUGGUGUAAGCAAGUAUUUUCAGAAAAAUUUCUAGUAGAAGGUGAUUAUAGUAUACAAAUUUACCGAAUAAAUGCUAUAUGAAUUAUAUAGUUCGAAAAUUUUAGAUCUAUUGUAUUAAAAGUAUGAUGUUCACUCUUCUUUAUAUAUAUUAUGCAACUAUGAACAUUGGAAUAUACAAAUAAAUAAAUCAUUAUAGUUGUAUCCAA